AUGUCGCAAGUCCGGGAGCGCGACGAAGUCACUACCUCUGCCUCUGCCACAGCCUCUGCCUCUGCCCACUACUCCGGAGCCUCCCUGUCGGUGAGAUGGGUGCAAGGAUUCCCUAGUCAGAACGUUCAUUUUGUCAAUGACCAGACCAUCUGCUACCCUUCUGGGAACUAUGUAAUAUUCAUUAACCUCGAAACUAAGAAGAAGACUGUACUCCAGUGUAUUAAUGGGAUUGUGGGCGUCGUGGCAACUAAUGUUCCCGGUGAAGUCGUGGCUUUCUCUGACCGCAGACUUAAACCCAUCAUCUACAUAUACAGCUUUCCUUCACUGACCAGAAAAAACAAGUUAAAAGGCGACAUCCUCCUGGACUAUACUCUACUUUGCUUCAGUUACUGUGGCACCUACCUGGCCAGUUACUCGUCACUCCCUGAGUUUGAGCUGACUCUCUGGAACUGGGAAGCCAACGUCAUCUUGUGCAAGAAAUCAAAUCCAGGCAUGGAUGUGAGCCAGAUGUCCUUCAACCCCAUGAACUGGCACCAAAUGUGCUUGUCAAGUUCAAGUGCAGUGAGCGUGUGGACCAUUGAGAGGAGUAACCAGGACCAUCAUUUCCGGACCAGGUUGGUAAAGCUACCCCUAGAAGACGGGACGUUCUUAAAUGAAACCGAUGUGCUUUUCCCUACCUCUAUGCAAAAGGAUCUCAUUUAUGGGCCUGUCUUGCCACUGUCAGCCAUUGCCGGGCUGGUGGGCGAAGAGGCAGAGACAUUCAGGCCGAAAGAUGAUAUUUAUCCUCUGCUUCACCCAACUAUGCACUGCUGGACUCCGUCAAGCGACCUGUACGUCGGGUGUGAAGAGGGUCACCUUCUGAUGAUUAACACAGAAACCUUGAAGGUUACCGUGCUCCAGAAGGCAGAGGAGUUUCCACUACCUGAUGGAGCCCAGCUGAUCAACCCGCUCACACUGGCAUACCAAAAGGACGGCGUACUUGCUUCUGGAAUUGAUGGUGUGAUAUACUCCUUCAUCAUCAAAGAUUCAAAGUACCAAGUGAAGACCUUUCUUGAGUUUGAUGGGCCAGUGGCACAUCUGGUGUUCUCUCCUAGUUACAAAAUGCUGCUGAUUCAAACAGACAAGGGGUCUGUUUAUAUCUACACGUUUGGUGCAGAGCCGGUUCUCGAUAAAGUGCUUGAUGCCUGUGAUGGGAAAGUCCAGGCCGUCAGCUUCAUCACACCUGGGACCAAAUACUUCCUGACCCUCACAAGUUCGGGGGAAGUUUCCAUUUUAUCGAUAGAAGACUGUACUUGUACAGGCAGGAUUUGCCUGAGGACUCAGGCAACAGCGCUGGCAUGCUGCCCUUCUUCCCCGUCGGCUGCUGUGGGGACAGUGGAUGGCUAUGUAUACUUCCUGAACGUCAUUGACGUGGAGUCCCCUCAGUUGAUCCACCAGGCCUUCCUCUCCCAGUCACCGGUGAAGACACUCGUUUACGACCAGCGAGGAAUUUUUCUGUUAGUCGGUACAGAAGAAGGAAACAUCUUUGUCAUCGACUCCAGACCCUCCAAGUCAUUUCAGAUUUUUGGAUUCACUGAGACCGGCAAGGACAUCCUGCAGAUAUCCACGGUGUCUGUUGUGGAAUCAGACGUGGUCGAAGUCCUGAUCUUGUCCCCGCUUCCAGAAAUGGGAAGAAGCAGGAUGGAAUACUUCACUCUGCCUGUCAUGUUACCACAAGUGGUUCCUGAAAACUUUUCCGAUGAAAGAGGAAGGCUGAAAGAUGACUUCACCCACAAGUACCUGUAUGAGGUGGAGCACAGUCUGUCCUCUGCUGUGCUGGGCUUUGCGGGCAGCAAGAUCUACGGCUUCUGCAGCCAGGUGCCCUACAUCUGCAGCUACAUAAUGCCUGUAAAGGAACACACUGGCGUCUGUGUACUUAAGCCUCACCAAAAACUGCAGAGCAAACAGUACGGAGCUGGGACGGUCUAUAUGUCUUCUCACGGACUGUGGCUUAUGACAAUAGCUAAAUGUGGAAUUCUCUGUAUCCGAGAUGUGUUCAGCCUGGAAACCUUUGUUCGAUGUCGGAGUCAUUCUCACCAGGGGCGAGGGAUCCAGAACAUGAAAAUGUCAAUGGACGGACAGAACAUCCUGGUGAAUGGAAAAGAUGACAACACCCUUGUCUACCUCAAAUGGAAGCGACUUGGAGCAAACAUAGCAACCGAGAUCUAUGAACACUCCCAUCAGCUAGUACUCAAUCUGUCCAAGACAAUGGAAACGGAGACUGAAUACUUAGCUUCAUGGGGAAAUUACCAGGAUGUGCCACAAGAAGAGACCGCCGAAUCCCAAAAAAAGUUGAGCGUAGGCUCAUCACAAGAGGAAUUAGUAGUCGUCGAUCACAAGGAUAUUCCCUGGAUCCAACAAAAAAUGGAAGAGGCCAUCAAAAAGGAGGUGAGGAUGUUUUCCCCCAGAAGAAAGGAGAUCAAAAGAGGAAUCAAGGAGCUUGCUCAGAUUAUUGCAGCAAUGAUGGAAGAAAAUGAAAAGGUGGAAGCCAUUGCAAAACUGGAUGGGCAGGAGUUUUGCCUGGACGCUGAUGAGCUGGAAAGGCUUCACGACGAAUGUGAGGAGGAGCUGGCGAAGAUAAGAAAAGAUGUGGAGUUGCACAACCUAGCCAAGAGCUACUUAACUGAACUCAUCAAGGAGGAGUGCUGGAACUCCAUGGCUGUGAAGGGGCGUGCUCUAAAGUGUUUCCAUAUACCCUAUGUGGUUGACAACUUCCCCAUGAAAGAGCGCACGGAAGAAGAGCUGAAGGAGUUGAGUAAAGUUAUGCAGCAAAAGAAGAUUGAGAUAGAGUGUCUUAAGCUCCGGAAGGAAAUUGUAGAGGUCCAGUCUACAGCAGCCACUAUGGUUAAAAAGCAUCAUGAAGAGGAGGAAGAAGAAGAGGAGGAUGAAGAAAAAGUAGCAAAAACAACCAGUCUGCCCAAUUACCUGCUUGGUAGUUUGAGCACUGAUUUUGGGGCAGACACAUCUUUGCUGACAAGCCAAUUGCAACUUCAUUCCAGAGAAGAGAAAAUCAACCAAAUUAUAUUGCUUAAAGAUAUCAUUUACAAUAUAAAAAAGACUUUCAAUAGUGAAUUUGAUGCUGCCUAUAAGCAAAAAGAGAUCGAAAUUGCGCGUGUAAAAGAAAAGAAUGUUAGAAUUGCAGAAAUUAUUUCAGACCUGGAAUUGGAUGAAACAGUCUGGCAACCAGUGUUUGAAGACAGUGAGAAGCCAGAAAGAGCCCUUGUUGUGGAAGAUGACGAGAUUUCAUUUAAAAAAUACAUUCCUCCAUGGCAAAAAGGCAAAGCAGAAUUGCUCGCAUCCCAUGAACUAGAGCGAUUGCAACAAGCACGGCUCUCGAAUGCAAGACAGAGAGGCCUGAUGGACAUGAUGGGAGGUGUUCUGGAAGUCAAGAAGGAAGACAUCCUAAGGAUGACGAUCCCGCAGCCCCCUUUCAUGGCCAAAGCUGAUGCUCUGUGGAGUGAAGACGAGAGGAAGCAAUUCAAAGAGUACGAGAAGAAAGUCAAGGAGCUGAAUGAAGAGAGAGACAAGUACAGGAAGUCUUUAGAAGCAGAACUGAAGAAACUUCAGAAUUCUAUUCAAGAGAACACACAGAACUUUGAUGAGCAUCUAAAGAGACUCUUUGAACGGAGAGUGAAGGCAGAGAUGGUCAUCAACCAGGAGGAACUGAAAAUAAACAACCUUGUGUUUUCUUUGCUGCUGGACGAAGAACUCAGCUCCAGGGAACAGUUCCUGAACAACUACCUUCUGAAGAAGCAGGAGGAGAAGACCAAGACUUCGGAAGCCAUCCAGAAAGCGAGAGAAGAUCUGGACGUGUUCAAGGAGCACCAUGACACCAUAGUGGCAGAAGACAAAAUCCUAGAUCGAAGCUUCAAAAAGGAAUUUUCUGACAUUUCUGGUCACCAGGUGGACAUCCUCUACAAACUUUUUAAACGUCGGCCAAGGGUUUCCAAACAGAAAGCACAGGCAGAUGUGACAAGUCUUGUUCCUUAUGGAGAUCGACCAGGAUCUGCCAAGUUAAAUAAGGAAAACUUUGCCCAGCUAAUGAAAUCCAUGGAUGAGUUGGACAAUAUCAGUAACAUGCCAGAAGGCUUGGACCCCUCUGUCUGGGAACAUUUCUGCACAACUAGACGAGCAAAAGUCGAAAAUGAAUACAAAGUGAAGCAGAAGGCAGCCUGCCUACUGGAAAUGACGACUUUUCUCCGGAAGCGAAUGGAAGACGAUGAUGCGGUGCACCACGAGAUCGAGCAGGUGUUCCACGAACUCGUCCGAUUACAGGAUGAGAAAGUGAGAUUCCAGGUGAAUUUGACAAUACAAGUUCUUCUUAAACAAGGACAAGUGGAACUGGAGAAUUUCCAGUUGAUUCUGGAAUAUUCUGAUGCAAUCCUCAUCAAUAAGAAUAUAAUUGAAGACUUGAAUUCUGUGAUUCGGACUCAAGGGCAAAAGAAAGUUGCUAGCAUGAUGGAAAGUAAAGACGUCCACAAAGGAAUUUAUCAGAUUGAGUGGGAGCACAAGAAGAUGGAGAUGGAGAUGGAGGAUCUAAACCAGAAGGCCUGGGAUAUCCAGAUGCUGUUCUUCUCACGAGAUCGGCAGAAGUACCUAAAUGAACCGAACUACGAGAAUGUGAUUGCCAUUCAGAUUGGAAUAAUGGAGCAAACGAUUAGUGUUAUAGAUAAGAAUCAUAAGAAGAAUGUAGAAAACUGCAAAAAACUACUCAAGAAAUUGGGAAAAUACAGCAAUCAGAAAGAUGUAGCAAAUUAUACCCUAAGCUGUAAUCUACGGGAAGAACUGGUGGCCGUCUCAGAGAGACAAGACAUUUGCAAUGAAAUAGGCUCUAAGCUGACCUGUGAGAAGAUUGCCAGAGAACGCUACGACAACCUGAUGAAACAGCAGAAGCUGACCAACAUCUCUAAGCAGCAAGCUGAGCAGAUUUCAAUACUGCAGGCUGAAGUUGAAAGACUGAGGAUGAAAACAUUCCCUGCUCUUGUCCCAAUGUAG